AUGUCGCUUUUCGAACACAUUCUAGAAGGGGUACCGGAUAGCAUUUUUGCCAUGAUGGAAGCAUUUGCGGCUGAUACUAACGACAAGAAAGUAAACCUGAGUCCCGGUAUCUAUCGUGAUGAUAAUGCAAAGACAUGGGUUCUCCCCUCGGUACAGAAGGCGAGAGAAAUCCUCGUGGCGGAUCAAAAUCUCAACCAUGACAUCUCACCCCAGAUGGGCAAUCCUGAUCUUGUCUCCGUAGCGCGACAGAUCACAUUCAAAGACACACUGAGCAGCCGGAUUAUCACCUCGAUGCAGACCAUCUCAGGCACGGGUGCUAAUCAUUUCAUUGCACGUCUCCUGUCUGACACGCUUCAACCCAAAACCGUAUGGUUGUCCAACCCCACAUGGGAGAACCACCCAAAAAUAUGGACACACGUCAAUUCUGCUAUAGAGCAGCAUCUGUAUCCUUAUUAUGACUAUAGAACGUCUACACUAGACAUUGAAGGAAUGAUCUCAACUUUGAAAGAGAGAGCUUCAAGAGGAGAUGUUAUCAUUCUCCAAGUGUGUGCUCACAACCCAACCGGCUUAGAUCCUUCGAUGGAAGACUGGGAGACGAUUGCAGAAGUUUGCGAAGAGAAAGGGAUCUUCCCUGUCCUAGACUCAGCUUAUCAAGGUUUCGCAACGGGAGAUGCUGACAACGACGCUUGGGCUAUACGUCACUUUGCCGCACGCUCGAGGGGCACUAUGGAGUUUGCAGUCACCCAGUCUUUCUCUAAAAACUUUGGCCUCUAUGGAGAGCGAGUCGGUGUUCUGCACAUUGUCACGCGUACGCGUGGCAGCGCAGCUAAAGCCGAAUCAGCGCUGAAGACCCUCUCACGUGCCGAGAUUACUUCUGCACCAGCCUUUGGGGCCAAAGUCGUUGCGACAAUCCUCCAAGAUCAGGUACUGAGGGAGCAAUGGCAGGAAGAUUUGAAGACCAUGAGCGGUCGGUUGAGACAUAUGCGAAAACGCCUGUAUGAUGAGCUAAUCAAGAGGAAUACGCCAGGGAAUUGGGCUCACCUCUUGACAGAUAUUGGAAUGUUCUCCUACAUGAGGCUAUCUGAAGAUCAAUUGGCGAUUCUAAGGAACACAUUCCAUGUCUACCUUCUUCCUAGCAGUCGACUUUCAUGGACUGGCUUGACGAGUAGAAAUGUCGAAUAUGUUGCAGAAUCUAUCCAUAAAGUUGUGACAUUGUCGAUGUAAACAAUCGUUAAGC